GUUCGACUCGUCUGUGUGCGAAAAGUAGGAAAUGCAGCAAGAAGUUUGAGUUUGAGUUUGAGUUUGAGUUUUAUUAUUUCCCACAAUAUUAUACAGUACAUACGGUGUGUUGAAAUGUAAUAAAUUUGGGAGGAAGACUAAGGAAACCCUUACGGGCUUUUACAAGUAGUCUCCCUGAAGGUAACAAAAGAUCUAUUGAAUUUCAUUGAAGUGGUAUCAGUGAAAUAGGUAUAAUUAACGGACAGAGAUACAAUAAUUGAUCUUACACAUAUAUUACAAAUAUUUCACUCUGUUCUGAGUACCUAUCUACAGUACUAUCACUAUAUGGGAUAGGAGAAAGGGGUUGAAAGAUCUACUUGAAUUACUGAAAUCGAAAUACAGCCACAGUGGAAGAUGCGACUCAAAUCGAACUGUUACAAACAGGUUUUGGGUGAAUUCUAGGUCACAAGUCUUGAAUAAAUUGAAGCGUGACUUUAGGGGAAAGGCUGAAAAGAAAGAAGAGGUAAUAGCGGAAAAAUUUGCCCGCAUAAACGAGAAAGAAGAGGAUCUUAAAGUAAAAGAAGAGGAUCUUAAAGAAAAGGAAGAGGAUCUUAAUGACAAAGAAAGAGAAGCGACGGAGAAACUAUCUCGUAUGGAAACUUCAUCCGAGGAAAUAGGUAAGGGUUGCAAUUAUGUCAUAUAUAUUAAACUGUGCGUUUGGCACAGUAUCUUUAUUUAGCAAUUUGAAAAAGAAUCGAUUUAAAUUAAUGGUGUUUACAUUAAAAAAAAAUUGGCGGCCGGGGGAAGCAGAAAUGUGAAACAUUUCAAAAAAAUAAUGAUGUAUUUUUGAUUUACAUUAACAGCACAAAAGUUGGAGGAAACAAAAGGUCAACAAGAACAGUUGACCAAAGAGAUGGAAGAGAAGCAAAAGGCUCUGGAUGA